AUGCAGCCAUCCAUUUUGAAAGAAGGCAUUCUCCACCAUCUGGACCAUCCAGUUGUGUUCUCCUCCAUGGCUGGCGCCGGGCCGCAGUGGGAGGCGGGUCUGGCUGCCGCGCCAGCCACGGGCAUCGACUGGGGCGUCUUCGGGUUCGCCGGCCGGGGCGCGGCGGAGAGCACCUUCUGGCUGGGCACGGCCGGCGCCCACACACUCUGCCACCGCGACACGUACGGCCUCAACCUGGUGGUGCAGCUGGCGGGCCGGAAGCGGUGGACACUAUUCCCGCCGGCGGACGGGCCCCUGCUGUACCCGACGCGCGUGCCGUACGAGGAAUCAACCGUGUUCAGCGCCGCCGACCUGCGUCGGCCCGACUUCCACCGGUUCCCAGACUUGGCGUCUACACACCCACACAUCGUGGUGCUGGAGCCUGGUGAGGCCCUGCUGGUGCCGCGACACUGGUGGCACCUGGUGGAAAACCUGGAAACGUCCGUAUCCAUAAACACCUGGGUCAACUUGCGGCCGUGGCCUCCGGAGCUGUGCCUGUCCACGCUGCAGGCGACGGCCGAGGCGCGCUAG